CUUCUUUUUCUCUUAGCUGAAUAGCGGAGCGGCGCAAUUUUCAGCAUGUUGCUUCAGCCUGUUCAUGUGACACCCCCUUAUCUGUCGGAGAAUGGAGCGAGGAGUUUGGCUUCUGUCCCCGAUUGUCAGAGAUCGAGUGCUCUGAGGGACUGUGAUCCUAAGAGUGCAGGACCGCUGGACAUGUCUUUGCCUUCUACACCUGAUAUUAAAAUAAAAGAAGAAGAGCCCGUGGAUGUAGAUUCAUCACCUCCAGACAGUCCACAGUCCCUGACAGAAUCGAAGGUGCCACAGAAGCCGCAGGUCAGCUCUACUCCCACUCCAACAAUUGUACGGCCUGGUUCACUACCCCUCCAUCUUAAUUACGACCCCCUACACCCUACAUUGCCUUCUCCCACUUCUGUUAUCACACAAGCUCCUCCGUCCAGCAGACAACUUUGUUCUCCCAGCAGCUCUGUCCCACUCAUGAUGCACAUUGGUAAUGGACAGUCUAUUCCUUUCCUACCCGGCCCUCAUGUACAGAUGCCCUCUGUUAUAUCUCUGGCAAGGCCCAUCUCCAUGGUCCCCAACAUUCCUGGGAUUCCUGGUCCCCCAGUGAUCAGUGGUGGAGGGCACAUAUCUCCCUCAGGUCAUUCAAUUCAUUCAGAGGCCAAGAUGAGGCUUAAAGCCUCACUUACUCAUCAAACGCCAUCAUCACUGAAUGGCGGAAUGGCUGUGGUAGCAUCACGACCUGAGCAGAGCCAGAUACUUGUACAGCACCCAGAUGCACCUUCUCCUGCACAACCACAGGUCUCUCCUGCACAGCCCACACCCAGCACUGGUGGCAGAAGACGCAGAGCUACUGAUGAGGAUCCAGAUGAACGUAGGCAACGCUUUCUAGAGAGAAACAGAGCUGCUGCAUCUCGAUGUCGCCAGAAACGUAAAGUCUGGGUAUGCUCUCUAGAAAAAAAGGCGGAGGAACUUACCUCACAAAAUGUGCAUCUUAGUAAUGAGGUGACUCUUCUUCGGAACGAGGUAGCUCAGUUGAAGCAGUUGCUUUUGGCACAUAAGGACUGUCCUGUGACAGCACUACAGAAGAAGAACCCAGUAUAUCGUGAAAACCUGAAAGACAACAGUGAUGCAGCUGGUUCUCCAGGACCAGUCACUCACCACAGUUCACUGUCUACUGCCUCCCCAAAUGGCCUGCGCUCACCGGCUGAACAUAUGGCCACCUCCGUGCUCACACAGAUGGCCAGCCAAAGGACAGAUGGCCACAGUCAACUUCUACAGUCACAUGUUAUCAUGUCUCCACAGUCUCAGGCAGCCAGCAGAUGAUGUAAUCCAAUCAUGUGACUUAGAGAUAACCAAAGGGUUGCUUCAGACCCAGAGACUGAGCAAAAUAACUAAGCCCCAGUACAGUAUGGGCGGAUAUGGAUUAUAAAUAUAUAUACUUAUAUAUAUUUGUUUUUAAAGUUUGGAAAAGGGUGGUUAGGGAGCUUUUUAGUACUCAGACACACAUACCAAGUGAUUUAAAGCACUAAUUCACAGAUUCCAACAGAUCAAAGCACUAAAACAUACACACCCGGACACACACAAAACAGUAAGGGCUUAUAGCACUAACUUACAUUUUCAAAAAAUACACACCUUGUUGCCUAUACAGGUUACAAUACUGAGAUCUAUCUUAAAGGUGAGCUUUUUUAUUUCAUUUAGUUAAAUCUUUUCAGUACCAUCAAGGUGAGAUUUACCAUGUAAUACACUUACCCUCACUAUCAAUUUCAAUAUUACUCCCCACCCAUAUUACUAAAAAAGAAAAUAUUGCAAUAUUUUUCUCUGUAUUUUGUCCCCUUUGGAAAAGGCAGUGCCAUCCAUUAAUGAACUGUCCAUGGCAUUUCAGCGUCUUCAGGAAUUCAGUGGACAUGCAUUGGGAUUAACAUUGUGUAAAUGUUCAAUUGCCACCCAGGUUUUAGCCUGUUUAGCAUUUAUCAGGGAAAGAGCUUACAUAAAAUGAGUGGUAACCUCAUAAAACCAGCCUGGUGCUGGAGGGACCCAUGACACAUAGUCCAUUAAUAUGUAGCAGGCUCCUCCACCAGAGAAGAAAGGAAAUUAAAGAAUGACUGCUGAAUGACAAGCUACAACAGAUUUGUCAACAGACAAUACUUUGCAGAUUUAAUAGGCAUUCAAGUGAAGUCUGUCUCUUAACAGCAGAGCAGAGCUCUUGCUAUUUCAGUCUUCCACUAGUCCUUUGAGAUGCCACUCAACUGUUUGCUGCUUUAUUAUCAAGAUUUUAUCCUUAUGCAGCCUACUUUCAAACACUAAAUAUUACCAGCAUUGUAAACAACUUGGAGUACUAGCUAAAUAUGUCUUCCAGCAACCUCAUUUCUAAAUGAAUCACUCUUGUUCCAAAUUGUAACUAACUUACUCCCUAGAGACUCAGUCUACCUGAGAUAUGGAAAUAGCUUUUGUGAGCACUUUGUUUGGAAGUCUGAAAGACUGAUGUUCAAGAUGACCCAUGUGGAGGAUUGAAGUUAAUUAUAUAGUGACUCCUCUCUCCACUUUCUUUAUCCAUCGUACAGAGGAGAAACAAAUGGAGAUUUUCUAUCCUUGCAUUGAGUAUUGUUGUCCAUUGCUAAUGGUGGAAGAGUUUUAUUGGUGCACAAUGAAGGACUAAGCUUACGUGCCUUCAACAGAUGGACAGGAGAAUCAAGCAGAUAAAACCUAAACCCCUUUGCAUCCUUUCCUCUAUCUGGUGCUUUGGUUUCUUCCUCUUUUUCUUUGUUUCAGGUAUUUUGCUAUGCAGUAAGAGAGAGAUUUUUUAAAUCUCUCCUUCCAUUCUUACCACAUCAUAGGAUGAGAUGGCUGAUUUAUUGCCAGGACCUUUUUCAACCCCUAACAGCGGUAGAAAGCUUGUUUUAUAGGACACAAUAGGAUUCAUUUGAUGAAAGAGUUUGCAAGGCUAUAGUAAAUAUUCAUUAUCACCUUCCAUUGUUAAGAUGAUUGCAUUAUAGUUAUAUAUAGUAGGAAGGUGCAUCAUGCUUUGGGAGGACAGUGCAGCGAGUGGAAGAGCUCUUAUUGUUUUGUCAAAAGUAGUGAAUGGAGAAGAGGUUUCUUUUAAGUUUUAAUUUACUAUUUUAACCACUUUGGUUAUUGAAGAAGAUAAUACAUGUUCUAUAUUGGAGCACACCAUGCUUUUAAUUUUGUACCUUUUACAAAAUGUGUCUUUUAACAUAAAUGUGUAAAUGAAUGAUAGCAUAUAGGUACGAACAUUUUCACUGGUACAGCCAUGCAGUGAACUUGUGUAGCAAAUGUUUAAGGAGCUGAAAAGUGUUUUUCCAUAUAAUAUGUGGAUUAACUGGUUUAAGGAAAAAAUCAGCCAUAUUGUCCAUAGCUUUCAAAAGACAAAACAAUUAGUAUCACCUUUCACACUUAAGUUUGUUUAUUACCAUUCACCACCAGAUAAACUGCAGUUUAUUGCUGUUGAAUGAGUAAUGACAUUAAUUACUUUUUUUGUCUAUCUACAUGGGUAGGUUUGGAUAAAAAAAGGGUAUUUUACUCGGAAACAAAAUAUUUUGGCUUACAGUCUAGUCUUAGCCACAUACUACUGUGUCAAACUUCUGCUCCAGGACCUCAUAUUUUGUAUGUAGACUAUUAGUUCUUCUACUCAGGGCAUGUACUAACUGAAAAGCCUUUAGUACAACUAACUUUAUGUAUGUUGCAAUUAGUACGUAAAUUAAACUAGACGUUAAAAUAAUGUGUAAGUAAAUAAUUCUAUACACCAAACAAAAAGUGUAAAGCCAGCAUUGUACUGCCUGAUUGGUCUAUACAAUUACAUCCAAAUUUGUUUUCAUACAUUUAGGCACUCAGUGAGGUUUAUUGUCUGUUAAUCACAUACCGUUUUGGAAUUGCACUUGUUUCAUCAGAAUUUUGCAUUACUUGUUAUAGUUAAAAAAAAAAAAAAAAAAAAUGUUUUCUUGCUUCUCCUACUUAAUUCCCAUAGCAUAUAUUUACCAGUGCACUAAUAAUUUGUUUACAGCUAUGGUUGAUAACUGAAGCAGAAUAAUGAAGACAAAAUAUAUACUGUCAAUGUUUUAAAUGCAAAUUGUAAAGGACUGACAACAUUUAAUAUAAUUAAAUCAUCUACUAAUAAAUUAGAAUCUUAGAAUAUAA